AUGUCGCUUCCUCUCCCGCGGUCCCUACCCCGGACCCUCCUAAAGAGAUCCUACGGUACUGUCCAGCAAGCCCCUAGUGCCGCCUCCCUGAACAGCAGAAUCCCAAUUGCUUUGCAGGAGGCCACCGGGGCCACCGUUCCGCGCACCAAUUGGACCCGCGAGGAUGUCCAGCAAAUCUACCAGACCCCGUUGAACCAGCUUACCUAUGCCGCUGCUGCGGUUCACCGACGCUUUCAUGACCCUUCCGCCAUCCAGAUGUGCACCUUGAUGAACAUCAAGACGGGCGGCUGCAGUGAGGACUGUUCGUACUGCGCUCAGUCGUCGCGCUACGACACCGGAUUGAAAGCCACGAAAAUGAGUCCCGUCGACGAAGUGCUGAAGGCUGCCCGAAACGCCAAGGCGAACGGGAGUACCCGUUUCUGCAUGGGUGCCGCCUGGCGUGACAUGCGCGGCCGCAAGACCAGUCUCAAGAAUGUCAAGCAGAUGGUGUCGGGUGUGCGCGAGAUGGGCAUGGAGGUCUGCGUGACGCUGGGCAUGAUCGACGAGAACCAGGCCAAGGAGCUGAAGGAUGCCGGUUUGACGGCCUACAACCAUAACCUCGACACUUCUCGCGAAUUCUACCCGACCAUCAUCACCACUCGAUCGUACGAUGAGCGACUGAAGACCCUGUCCCAUGUCCGCGACGCCGGAAUCAACGUCUGCUCCGGUGGUAUUUUGGGUCUGGGCGAGGCCGACACCGACCGUAUCGGUCUGAUCCACACCGUUUCUUCUUUGCCUUCGCACCCCGAAUCCUUCCCCGUCAACGCUCUCGUCCCCAUCCCCGGUACCCCUCUCGGAGAUCGCAAGAUGAUCCCCUUCGAUAAGCUUCUGCGAACUAUUGCCACGGCCCGUAUCGUCCUUCCUGCCACCAUCGUGCGUCUGGCCGCCGGUCGCAUUGCCCUGACCGAGGAGCAGCAGGUUGCCUGCUUCAAUGCCGGCGCCAAUGCCGUCUUCACGGGCGAGAAGAUGCUGACGACCGACUGCAACGGAUGGGAUGAGGACCGGGUCAUGUUCGAGAAGUGGGGAUACUACCCCAUGCGCAGCUUCGAAAAGGGUGACGAGGUCUCGCAACCGGCAGUGGAAUCCACUCCGGAAAGUGUGUCGCCUGCGCCGGCCGCAGCGACCACGUCGUAG